AUUAAGAGUAAAUUUGACAUAUAUGAUUUAAUGAAAAUAAUUGAGAGAUUACAAACCCUCACGCUUUCUGAAUUUUCAGAAUCCUCUUCAUCCUUACUUUUCUUCUUUUUUCGUUCUGUAAGUUCAUCGGAUUCGUCGAUUAAGCUAAAGCUUGGUUGUAAACUUCUAGGGAAUUGA